CGACCGUCAAAUAACGAGUGAACAUUUGAUCGUCUUUGCUGUCUCGCGCAAUGACGACAAAGCCAUGCCGGACGAUAUGUCUAUAAUUCCCUACAAUGGGGGCAACCUGGAUGUUGUGCUCCGGCAUAAUGACUCGGUGGUCGUGUUUGACCAUGAUUCCCAGCAGCUCGCUCUCCGAAACACAGCACAUGAUCAUGACGGAAAUGUGGAACUUGCAAAUUGUCCCCUAUGUCACCGCCCAAUGCACGAAGCCAGCCGGGGAAGGCAUCGUGGGAGUACAGACCCGGAGGCGGAAUUCAUCAACCCAAACUACUUUCGCAUGCUCAACAACAGCUUGCCAAGCUCUACAAGCUCCUCAAGACCAUCUUCGCCGCGCCGACGUCUAGUUCAGUCUGCCUUCACGGACAGCCCCACCAGCGAUCCAUCCUCUGGACCUGCCCCGACCCAGAGCCAAGGGAUAUCCUCAUCGGCGUUCAGUCCAGACUACUUCAAGCGAUUCUUUGUGGAAGAAAAGGUUCUUGGCAAAGGUGGCAAGGGCGUGGUCUUGCUGGUGAAACAUGUAUUGGAUGGCGUCUCUCUCGGCCAUUUCGCCUGCAAACGUGUCCCAGUUGGCGAUGAUCACGAAUGGCUGGAGAAGGUGCUGGGCGAAGUGCAGCUAUUGCAAAACCUUUCCCACCAAAACCUUGUCUCUUAUCGCCAUGUCUGGCUUGAGAAUGCCAGAAUCAGCACUUUUGGGCCUAGUGUACCAUGCGCCUUUAUCAUACAGCAGUACUGCAAUGCGGGAGACCUACACAACUACAUCUGCGGUGCGAUUCAAACAACCACAACGGCUCAACAGCUCAAGGAUCGGCUUCGGAGAAAGUCAAAGGGGGAUCCUGAGGUAAAACCCGAGGUGGGAGGGCCUCGCAUGCUCCAGUUGGAUGAAAUUUACUCCUUCUUCAGGGAUAUCACAGCCGGAUUACGCCAUCUGCACAUGAAUGGCUAUAUCCACCGUGACUUGAAGCCAAACAAUUGCCUUCUUCACGAGACAAGUGACGGUAUUCGAGUCCUAGUUAGUGACUUUGGUGAAGUCCAAUCACAGAAUGCUAUGCGCAAGUCAACAGGUGCCACCGGAACAGUCUCUUAUUGUGCCCCUGAAGUUCUUCGGCAAGAAUACCCCGGCGGUCCAUUCGGGAAUUUCACUUUCAAAUCCGACAUAUUCUCAUUGGGAAUGAUUCUGUACUUCUUGUGUUUCGGAGCACUUCCCUACCGCAGUGCCGAUAUUAUCAACGAAGACAAUGAAGACUUGGAUCAGCUUCGCGCUGAAAUUACAAAUUGGACCGGGUUCGACGAUGCGCGAAGGAGAAGACCCGAUCUGCCUGCCAAGCUCUACUCUUUUCUUAAUCAAUUGCUCUCUGUGGACCCAGAUCGACGUCCGACCGCGGACGAUGUUUUGAAUGGCAUUCAAGCUGCGAACAACGCUGGUGAGAAUUUCCGAUUCAAGCGCAACAGUUCAGCUAGCCCUGACUUGCCUGGGGGAACUCGAAUCCGCACAGUCGAGAGCCCCGGCCCCCAACCAGGCAUGGAAAGAGCCCUCUCGCCCAUCAAAAAGAAGAUCGCGCGAAGUCCCGUAUCAUUGAGGCGUGAUCCGAUAUUUGACUCGCCCUCUGCUCCCGGCGGCCGCCCCGCAUCAGAGACGGUCUUGGAAGACAGACCCUCAAUAACCCCUGACAAAGACCUAGUAAUGCGGCGAUAUUCCACCUCUCCGCCAAGCGCAUCCACGAGACCGAUCCACUCACAUGGAGAGCCUAUGGACUCGUCAGCCCAGCCUAUCACUCAUCCGCGGCAACUCCUUCCGCCACCUCCCACUCCAUCCACAUUCUUGAACUACAUAGGUGAUUCAAGCCUUUUACCGGGCUUACAAGUCUCGUUCUUCUUGAUCAAAGUGGUUACAAUCUUGCAUCCCUGCUCACCCAUGGCAGCCAGACCCUGGUUCCUUUAUCCCCUUCUUCUGCUGGCAGCGAUUACCCUGCAGGUACAUGAUAUACGCGUGCAAGCUAUCUCAACAGUGGCACAUGUGUUCUUUGUCGGUCUUGCGAUGAAAUUGGGGGUGCUUUGUACAUGGCAUGGUGACUAUGCCAUGGGACUUUGAUAUUGCCCCCAUUCUGUGUUGAUAUGAGAUAUGAUUAUGCUACCAUAACCCCCUUUUAAUGAGCAUCCAAUACAUGAGGCCUCAUCUUUGAGCCUACUUCAAAUACACAAGCGUGACGUUCUCAGGAUAAUUAACACAUAUUUCAUUCUCUGACCACGACCCUCGAAUUGAUUAACAAUGAUUUACGAUUGUCGGGGGAGAAAAAAUAACGGCAUCUCCAUUAUCUUGGAUCCCUGCCGAGCUGAUCUAACAAGAAGAAAAUGCCCGUAAGUACUGUUAUUGCGAACGAGCACAAUACAGACAAAUUCAUCAAACCGGAAAAGCUUGGAAGGAACCCAAAGGUGACGCAGCCAGAGAGUCCCCGAAUAUUAUUGAUCUUGGAAAUUUGCGAUGGAUAUGUCAUUUUGCUUCUCGAAGAGACGUAUCCAUUUUUGCCAAGGUAGAGACCAUGACAACACAUGUUCCUGUAUUGCUAACCUUGCGGCAAAAUAAUGGAGAAGAAGAGAUGAAGUAGAAGAUGUAGGAGGUCAAUCGGUACUUGCGAAAGACCAAGGUGAAUAUUCAUAAACAUAAUGUAUCGUCUAAAUUUUGGUACUUGUAGCCAAAUUGACAGUUUGAAGGUUUUCAAAAGCAUAUAGAGAGCUAAGGUCGCAGCCGCGCAGCUUUGAAUCUGCUCACGCGUUGGACCGGUUCUUCAACGGGAACGAACUCCGGCUCUUCCUCAUUGACGAAGCCACCCUGCUGUUGAAUCUUGCUGUUCCGGAUUCUGUAAAACUCGGAAGCAAUCUCGCGGCGGUGAAUCUCUUCGUUCAACUCGUCUGGUUCGGGAGCCGUGAUGGAUCCAGGAGCAAUAUCUCGCUCGACCAGCCUUUCAGCUAGGGUCUUGCCCUCGGGGGGUGUGGGAGCUGAGGGUCCGACAGGAAUGUCCAUGAUUGGCGUGGAGAAAGGCUUCGGCUCGCGAGGAGUGGCAGGGAACAAAUCAGGAGGCGUUGCUGAUGGGAGGCCGUUGGUUUGCUUCCGGGAGGUCUGAGUUUCGGAAACCUGAGGGACCAACUGGGAAGAUGCAGGUUUGGCGGGUAAUUCGGCACUGGUGGUUGCAGGAUCGACUGCUCGAGCGCUCUUGAAGCGAGAAGUCUUCUUGGGCCCAUUGGAUGGGGUCGGGCGAGACUCCUUUGGCUGCUCUGUACGCUCAACGAUAGCAUCGGAGAGAACCUGGACGCUUAUCUGAGGUUUGGAUGCAGGACCCUUCUUCUCAACCACAGCGGGCUUGGAUGUGGGUGCGACAUCCAGAUCAUCAGCGAAAGCGACCUUCUUUUUUGGCUUCUUUUCCUUCGCAGCGUCAUCGUUAUCUCCGUUCACUCCGGCAGGCUCUGCGGCAAAAUUUUCAAUCUCCAGUCGAACUUCUUCGGGGAAGGUAUUGGUAUCUUUGCCCA